AUGAUAAAGAGAAAUGAAAAAUUAAAGAAAUAAAUAGCCCCUUCUAGGAAUUAAAAUAAUAAAGCAUGUUUAAAACCUUAAGUCUUUUAAUUUCCACAGUUAAUGAAUAAAACUACUACAUUUACAGAAGCAAUCAGAUUUUAAGGAUAAAUUCAAUAACCAUUUACACCUGAUGUCAUGAUUAGAUAAUCCAUAAACAAACCAAGAAUGAUUGAAUAACCAAAAUUCAAAAACAAUUAUGGAAUUUAACGCUUUUCAGCAAAAAUUGUUUCAAAGCAAUAAAAUGUUAAGGAACCAGUCAUCAUAAAAAUAACUACAAAUAAAAAUCAUAAUGUUCUUCAAUAAUUAGAAGAAUAGAGUGAAUAUUAAUUAAGUGAAUUAGGGACAUUCGAUGAUUUGAUUCAGCAAAUUUAAGAACGAGUAUUGGCUAAAAAUUCAAACAUUUUAUAAUUGGCAUAAGACCUUUGUUCUAUAGAAACAAUUGAUUUGAGAGGUUUCUAAUGUAUUCCUUAAUUGAUAAAACACCUUGUGAUUUCAUCAGUUUAAUAGCAACUUCACAUUUCAUAAAUCCUAUCUAUAUUAUUUACAUUAUGUGAGGAAAUAAUGACUAGAGAUGAUCUUGAUGAGUCUUUAUUGGAAAUUAUUAAAGUGUAUCUGCAAAAAGGUUACGAAUCUAAUCUUCAAAUGAUAGUCAUAUUCAUAAAACGUUGUGGCUAGAUGAUAUAUUACAUCAGAAGCAACAAAUAGAAAGUGUUUAGUGAACUUAUCCUAACUUUGUUACUUAAAUUCAAUAGUACGAGUUCAUUUGAGGAAUCUCAAUUGUAAUUGUCAUUUAAUAUAAUACUGAGACACAAAUAAUUGAGAUUGUAUAUAAAGGAUAAUUAAGAUAUUUAUAAAUUGAAACAACUUUCAUUAGUAGAUUAAUUAUAGAGAUUUAAAAUUAAAAUUAAUUGA